AACACCUUCGUUUUAACUUAAAUUUUGUAAAAUUCCGUACAAAAUGAGCGUUUUCAUCAUGAUCGAUUGAGAUCCAAAAUCUAUUAGGAAAAAUUCCAGUAUUAAAUAUACCACCCUGAUAUAUGUGGUAAUUUACGAUGAAAGAUGGUAAAUGAUAGCUUAAAUGUCAACUCAUCGACCGAUUUCAUUGAUAAGUAGCCUCAAUGGCAAUUACAUCAGCAAUUGGUUUGGGAAAGCUAUCACCAACAUAAACCACACACUGAUCCUACGGAAAUAUAUGGGCCAAUAGGUGAGCUAUGCUAUUUAUUUCCCUAUAGGAAAAUCUCCAUUGUCUCUCAUGUAUUCAUAUUAUCAUGUAUUAUGUAUACAAUCGUUAUAAGUUAGGAUCCGUACACAAAGUAUUAUCACUAUGAUAUAAAUUGGUAGCAUAUGUUUUAAUGUUUUUUGUUCAAAAAUAUAUUAAAGUUGAUAUUAUUUGAAGAACACGAUUAAUCUAAUAUUUUAAAAAAAAAUAUUAAAUUUCAAGGUAAAAGGAAAGAGAUAUAGCUAGUUAAAUUUGAUUAGAUAAUGAUCAAUCAUGUUAAUGACGGGAUAGACUCAAGGGAAUCACAUAACUACCACACAUGCAUUGUAAUCGUAUGGUACAGCAAAGCAAAGAAAGCGUCGGUGGAUUAUUGUUUAACUACUAGUGUCAGAAUAUAACACAUAUAUAUAUUAUUAGUUUCCAAUUAUACAAUUGAUCGCGACUUUCCAACCCAUCAUUUCACCAAUUUAGACAACAUCAAAAUUAAUCAUGUGGCAAGAUAAGAAUAAUUGACAUUUGUCGUUUUACAUUCAAGUCCCUUUCAACUCAGUUAAUCCUUUUAGAAAACACCAAUUAAUGUACCCCCUACCAAAAGCCUCCAUCAACUUUCAUUAUUACUUAACAAAAAGGUUAAAUUUCCUUCAUAAUGUUCUAUAAUGGUCCGUCUAAUUUGUUGCUAUCAUCAGUCAUUUUUAGAAGUUGAUAUGUGUAUCGUUUUUACAAGGAGCUUUUAGAAGUUGAUCUAGGAUAAUAUGAAAAAUGAUAACAUUCAACAAAUUUAAUGUAUUAACUAUGGAUCAACAAGCAUUGCCGAAAUAUUUUAAAACUAAACUUGGUCAUAUUAAGGUGGGUAUGUCUACAAAAAAAAAAAAAAUUAUAUGAGCCGACUCUGUUGUUACACUAAUUCAUCUACCUUUCCAACCACGUAGAUCCUUCAUAGUUGUUGCCCGUCAAAUGUUCUUUCUUUCGAGUGAUAAGUUCAGUUGAUACAUGUCUACCGUGAGCGUACCAAACAAUUAGUACAUAACAAUUGAGUCUUGCCUGCAGAGCUGUACAUCAUAGAUAGUACUUAACAAGUAAUUAUGUCAUUGACAUUAUAUGACAUCGUUAUUGAUAUCUUCAAAUUCAGAUUGAUUAAUAAUACAGGUUAAGACGCGUCUUUAUUGCGAAAACUAUUAUAUGAAUGAGCCCAAAAGUCCAAAAUAGAAAGGAAAAAAAAAGAUUGAAAACCCAAGAAAAGUCAGUAGAUAGAACAAAGCCUCCACCAGUGAGCACAUAACAGCUCAAAGAAAGAAAGAAAGAAAAAAAUCCUCUUGAAAAAGUCAUAUAUUCCCUCCUAUCACUAUAAACCAUAUCAUCACAUGUCCCCGCCGGCGCAAAAUUCCUUUUCUCUCUUCCACUGUCAGUUUGUUCAUCAUCCCAAUGGCGGCCAUCCCUUUCCUUCUGCUCACGCUAUCAAUUAUCCUAAUAACAUCCCCGGCCAAAUUGGCGCAGUCACAAACCACAUUCGCCUGUGCCUCCAAUCCUUGCAUUCUACCGCCGCCGCCGCCGGCAAAUAACUGCCCACCUCCGCCCACUCCGCCGUCCCCGCCGCCGCCUCCUCCUGCUUGCACGUCAUGCACCCAGCUGCCGCCGCCGCCGCCUUCUUCGUACUACUUUCCUCCGCCAAACAAUGUGCCUCCGUCGAUGAACGUGGCUCCGCCGCCACCCAACCCGAUCCUGCCGUACUUCCCCUGGUACUACAAGAUCCCACCGCCGGCGCCUUCCGACGAUUCUUCGGCCAGCAUGAAUGGAGGCGUUCUUGUGGUAGUAGUUACCGGCAUGAUUGCUAUUGUGCUGUCUUUCCCAAUUGAUCAGCUUUUGAUUUUUGAUUGAUUAUUUUAUAUUAUGGGUUAAUUCGUUUCAUUUUGGAAAUAAUUGAGAGGAAUUUUUGACGCUUUUUUGUUCAGUGGUGGUGGGUGAUUGACGAAUGCCAAAUAGUUUCGUUUGUUUAAUUAGUGCUGUAUAUUUUAUUUCUAUUUGCUAAUGGACUAGUGAAAAAAAUCACUUGUAUGUAGUGGCCUCAAAAUUGGUGACACAUUGGAAUAAAGUUCGUAGUGUAUGGUAAACUCUUAUUAAUGAACACUAAAUUAUUUUAAAUGACUUGAAUUUGUUUAUCUUAGUUACGAUUUGGGGCAUGGGGGUACUUAUGGGAUACUCAACACACAUCGCAAUUUAUAAUAGUUGUUACUAAGUUAGAUAAUUUAUCUACUGUUGUUCUAAAAAAAAUUAUCUACCGUUUCGUAUUGGGUUCAAUUCCUUAUCCUAACAACAACAAAAAAUUAUACCUAUUUUCACCGUCUGGAGCACAAAGAAAUUUUCUUUUUAAGAGGAUUUUUACUUUUGUGUUUUAUAUCUUUUUUUUUUAUUAUUUUUUUUAGGAAAAGCUUUAUAUCCUUUUCUUGUUCCCUCCUUUUAGUUUCUUAUUCAUUAACUUUACACCUCUCAAAAAGGAAAGCUUAAAUCAAACACCACCCAAUUUUAUUCUUUUUCAUAUUCAAAAUAAUAAAACCUUUUUAACUUUUGCAUAGUGACUUGUGAAUCUCUUAUAUAUCGGUCAUAAAUUGUUGCUUGCACAUUCAAAGAAAUUCCAACUUAUUAUAUUGGUGAUAUGCUAUGCUAUGGACUAUGGUAUAAGGGUCAAAAUAUACGUAGAUGGUAACAAGAAUCAUAUUCCUCAAUGCCUGUCAAAUCUUACUACCCAAUCAGUGAGAAGUUAUGUUCUUUUUGUAAAACAUUUUUUAAGGGUGAGAUGUCUCGAGUUUGUAAAUAUUUUGAAAAUGUAAAAUGUGCACAAAUCGGAAUAGCAGUAAAUAAAAAGGAAGGAAAUUAGCCGUAGAAGGAGGGUUAGAGAUGAGUUAAGGGAUAGAGAUGAGUUAAGACACACGACUUUUAGUGACGUUUGAUCAAAAUGGCUUUACAUCCAAGUCUCGAAGAUAAUCUUGCACUAUUCUGAGAGACUCAAACUUUUACUAAAAGUAUUAAAAGUUAAUGUACUAUAUCUCAUUCAUUUUACCUAAGUAUAUCACGAUUUACCAUAGUGGUAAUGGUACAUAAAGAUUAACUAUAGUGAUUGGAAGUGGUAAAAUUUUACCAUCAUGAUAGCACAAGAAGUCAACUAAUUAUGUCUAGGCUGUAGUAAAUAUCAUCCAUUUUGAUAUAUUCGUCAAUAAAAAAUGUUAGUAAAUGUAUUUUUACCAUAGCAUACCAUUAUAUAUCGUGGUGUAUUACUAAAGAUUAUACCAUGAUGGUAAGAAGUGAUAGAAACACAUGUCGAAAUGCGAAUGUGUGGACUAUUAAUGUAUCAUCCGUAGCUCAUGGGUGUGGAGGCAUAUAAUAAAGAUCAAUGCCCUUAUUGCAGGAUCACUUACAAAAACCAGGGGAAGUGGUGUCUUGGGAUGGAGUACAAUGCAUGCUUAUUAUGUUAAAAAGGGUGUGGUAACUGAGAAACCCAGCUUGGAUAUGGUCCACCAUUUACUAUUUGGAUGAUGGUUCUCCACUUUCAUUUAAUGACCGAUAAAAAUGGCUCAUUAAAUCAAAGGUUCAUAUCUAUUAGUAAAAGAGAUAGUGGAUUAUGGGCUCCACGGACUGAAAAGCAACAGACAAAGCGGGCGCUUUGUGUCUAACAAAAUUUAUGUAUAUUAUAGUUUGUAUAUGUACAUUCUGGUUGAACAAAAAUCAUAUUGGUAU